AUGGCGGUUUUAACUGAGGGCUCGGAUCCUCCUGGCGACGAGAAGAAUACCAUUAUGCCACAGGAAAGUAGCGAUAUGGAUCGUCGACAUAGUCAUCAGGAGGUGGUUGAUUCUGCCUCCAAUGAAACAGGUCUUCCUGAGGCCGAGAAAGACAUUCCGAUGACUUUUCGACGAUUCAUGGGUUUUACAGCGAUGGCUUUCCUAUGGACUGGAAGUCAGAUUCCCGUCUAUUUAUUUGGCGGUAUUCCCCCGUAUAUCUACGGAAGCAUUGGCGGAUCAGAUCGCUGGGUUUGGUUUGUUCUAGCAAACCUUCUUAGUCUGGCAGGUGUCUGUCCAUUUGUCGGAUCUCUAUCUGAUUUAAUUGGCCGCCGUUAUGUCGCUAUUAUCGGAGCUUCUCUGAUUGUCCUUGGCAUGAUCGUUUGCAGCACAGCCCAUACAAUGAAUAUUUUCAUCGCGGGUAUGGCUAUUGCUGGCGCUGGCGCCGGCGUGAAUGAAUUGACUGCAUUGGCUGCAGCCUCGGAAAUGGCACCUACUCGCAAGCGAGGUGUUUAUGUCGCUGUUCUAAUUCUCACCAUCAUUCCUUUUUGUCCCUCGGUACUUUGGGCCCAGCUCAUCGCAUACUAUAGUAACUGGCGCUAUGUUGGUGCGUUCAGCGGUGCGUGGAAUGCUUUCGGUCUGUUGAUCACAGUCAUGUUCUACUUUCCUCCUCCUCGAGUCAACUCUGUUGGGCUGAGCAGAAGAGAGAUUAUUAGUCGCAUUGACUUCAUGGGUGGAUUCCUCAGCAUUACUGGACUCAUUAUUUUCCUGGCUGGGCUUCAAUGGGGUGGAUAUAUGUAUCCCUGGUCUUCCGCGCACGUCCUUGCACCUCUGAUCAUCGGCUUCGCUCUCCUAGUCGCCUUCGCCUUCUGGGAGAUUUACGGCGCAAAGUAUCCCAUUUUCCCGACAAGGUUGAAGCAAGAGCCCCUCACACUGGGUCUAACUCUAGUCAUUACAUGUAUUUCCGGGUGCAAUUUCUUCUCCGUACUGAUGUUCUGGCCUACUGAGUCGUUCAAUGUUUACGGUCAUGAUCCCGUAGGCGUUGGGUUGCGCAGUCUCCCCAUUGGACUUGGCAUCCUCGCUGGUGCUUGUAUAGUGCUUGUCCUGCUGAGUGUUUUCAAGGGACAUAACAAGGAGCUUUUGAUCAUAAGCAGUGUUCUUAUGACAGCUGGCUGUGGAGCACUAUCCAUUGGACGCAUCGACAAUAUGUACCAACUGUGGGGACUUCUGGUGUUAGCUGGUCUAGGAAUUGGAGGCAUUGUUGUUCCAGCUUCGAUUAUAACCACUAUCAUUUGCCCUGAUGACCUUAUUGCCACCAUCUCCGCACUUACUCUUUCGAUCCGUGUCGUGGGCGGUGGAAUUGGCUAUACCAUCUACUACAACGUCUUCAUUUCAAAGUUCGUUCCGAAAGCAACUGAAUACAUUGGUGGUGUGAUGGAGAUGGAUCUCGGAAUCACCAAUGUUACGCUUAUUACCGAAGUCAUCGAACUCACUGGCGCCUCCUUACUCGAUGAUAUCAAAUUGAUUCCGGGAAUUGCAGGCAAUGAAACUGCCUAUGACAUGGUCGUGCUUGCUGGCCAGAUGGCGUACUCUGAAUCAUACAAGUACGUUUAUUAUGUGAGUAUUGCUUUUGGUACGAUCUCGAUUAUUGCGGCUUGUUUCUUGGGCAAUAUCACCAAAUAUAUGACCGAUCAUGUUGCCGUCGUGAUGUGA